AUGCCUGUGUUCAGUGGCCUGUUGAAGGUGCGAGUGUGUGAGGCGGUAGACCUGAAGCCCACAAAUUGGGCCCUGCGUCACGCCGUGGGGAAGAGCGGCUCCUUCCUCCUGGACCCUUACCUGGCCUUGAAUCUGGACCAGACCCGGCUGGGCCAGACCGCCACCAGGACCAAGACCAACAGCCCCGCCUGGCACCAGGAGUUCUGCACCGAGGUCCGAGAGGGACGGAGUCUGGAGCUGUCCGUGUUCCACGACGCGCCCAUCGGGUACGAUGACUUCGUGGCCAACUGCACCAUCCAGCUGGAGGACCUGCUGCAGAAUGGGACCAGGCACUAUGAGGACUGGAUUGACUUGGAGCCGGAGGGGAAGGUGUACGUGGUCAUCGAUCUGUCCGGAUCCUCCACCGAAGCCACGGGGACCAAUGAGAAUGAGGAGCGGGUGUUUCGAGAGAGGAUCGGCCCUCGCCGGCGACAGGGCGCCGUCCGAAGACGCGUCCAUCAAGUCAACGGACACAAGUUCAUGGCCACCUACCUGAGACAACCAACCUACUGCUCACAUUGCAGAGAUUUUAUCUGGGGCGUGCUGGGGAAGCAGGGAUACCAGUGUCAGGUGUGUACGUGUGUCGUCCACAAGCGCUGCCAUGAGCUCAUCAUCACCAAGUGUGCCGGGAUGAAGAAGCAGGAGGACUUACCUGAGGAGGUGGGUUCACAGCGGUUCAGUGUUAACAUGCCCCAUAAGUUCAGUAUCCACAACUACAAGGUUCCCACCUUCUGUGACCACUGUGGCUCCCUGCUGUGGGGCCUCAUGAGGCAGGGCCUGCAGUGCAAAGUGUGUAAGAUGAAUGUGCACCGGCGCUGUGAGACCAAUGUAGCUCCUAACUGCGGUGUGGACGCCCGAGGAAUCGCUAAAGUCCUGGCUGACCUGGGAGUCACACCCGACAAGAUCUCCAACACCGCACAGCGCAGGAGGAAGUUGACUCCAGGGCAGGACCCUCCCCAGUCUCCUCCUGAGCUCUCCCAGACUGAGGACAACAGCUUCAGCCAGCCAGCUGUCCCCACCUCCCCCUCACAGCAGGACUUGGCACAGUUAGAUCGCCUGCAGGACGCGCUGUCACUCGACCAGCAGGGACCCCAACACUCCUCCUCCUCCUCCUCUUCUUCCUCUUCCACCACCUCCUCCUCCUCGUCCUCUUCCUCGGCAGGCAGGGAGAACGGACAGAUCCAGAGGAGGACCCUCAAGGACUUCAACUUUAUCAAGGUUCUCGGCAAAGGCAGCUUCGGCAAGGUGAUGUUGGCGGAGCUAAAGGGGACGGAGGAGGUUUACGCCGUCAAAGUGUUGAAGAAGGACGUGAUCCUGCAGGACGACGACGUGGACUGCACCAUGACCGAGAAGCGCAUCCUGGCCCUCGCCCGCCGACACCCCUACCUCACCCAGCUCUACUGCUGCUUCCAGACACGGGACCGUUUGUUUUUUGUAAUGGAAUAUGUGAACGGAGGAGACCUGAUGUUCCAGAUUCAGCGAUCCAGGAAGUUUGACGAGCCUCGCUCUCGUUUCUACGCCGCCGAAGUCACCUCAGCCCUCAUGUUCCUGCACCGCAACGGGGUCAUCUACAGGGAUCUGAAGCUGGAUAACAUCCUGUUGGAUGCAGAGGGACACUGUAAGCUGGCAGACUUCGGCAUGUGCAAAGAGGGCAUCAAGAACGGAGUGACCACCACAACCUUCUGUGGCACGCCUGACUACAUCGCCCCUGAGAUCCUGCAGGAGCUGGAGUACGGAGCCUCUGUGGACUGGUGGGCCCUGGGCGUGCUAAUGUAUGAGAUGAUGGCCGGACAGCCUCCGUUCGAAGCUGAUAACGAAGACGACUUGUUCGAGUCGAUUCUCCACGACGACGUCCUCUACCCCGUGUGGCUCAGCAAAGAAGCCGUUUCUAUCCUCAGAGCGUUCAUGACCAAGAACCCGGCCAAGCGUCUGGGCUGCGUGGUGACCCAGGGCUGUGAGGAGGCCAUCAAGACCCAUGCCUUCUUCAGAGAGAUCGACUGGGUGCUGCUGGAGCAGAGAAAAGUCAAACCACCCUUUAAACCCCGGAUUAAGACCAAGCGAGAUGUGAAUAACUUUGACCAGGACUUCACCAAGGAGGACCCGGUGUUGACGCCCACGGACGAGGCCAUCAUCCGACAGAUCAACCAGGAGGAGUUCAAAGACUUCUCCUACUGCGCCCCCGAGGAGACGCAGACCUAACACACACACACACACACACACACACACACACACUGAUCCAACAACACUAAACUUGGCACACACUGCUGACACUCAUACAUGUAUAGAACCAUAAAUCCCUUUACAACACAAACACACACACACACACGGUCACUCCUUUACUUUGAAGCUAUUGGUUGUUGUUACUUUUUGAAAUAUUCUUUACUUGCAUUGUGUUGUUCUUGUUGCCUGGGUUUAUUAUGAAUAUAAAUAUGAAUAUGACUAUGAAUAUGAAUAUACACACCUGUACACGCUCUCACACACACACACACACACACACACACACACACACACACACUCCCACGUUGCACACUUUUAAUGCAGAUUUACACACAGAUUUACAAUACUGCUCAGACAACCAAAACACACACACACACUGACACUGCUUCUCUCCCCAGCACCAGGACUGUGCAGUGGGUGCUGGGUGCAGAGGCCUGUAUAUAGCCUGUGUUGAGUGGCUGUAUUGUGUUGGUAUUGUCUGCUAGUAAAAGGAGAGUCGUGGCGCAUGGACAAGCACCCUACCUGUGUUAUUACUGUCCUUAUUGUGGACCAGUUAGGGCCAAAUACCCUUUUGUGCAAUACCCUGACUAUCUAUAUAUUUUAUUUGUUUGUUCAUGUGUAAUUUUUGUCUUUUUUUUUUUUCUCCUCAAAAUUUUUUUUUUUUUUUUUUUGUGAUAAUGAUUGAACUCUUUGCGCUCAUCACGCUCCUGUCUCGUGUGUACAAAGUGAAUGUCGAGCUUACAAGUUACAGGCUAUUGAACUAAUUAUGUGGAGCAGAGUGUUACAGGCGGCCUGUGUAGCAGCGUAAAGCCCGAUCUCCAGCUAUUUCAUCCAUCUGCUAUAGUUUCAGAGUCUGUCCCGCCGGCGUGAAUGUGCUGGCCCGUGGGCGGUUUUUUUUGUCGUGAAUGUACAUUUUCGUAUGUGUGAAUGCGUGAUUUUUCUUCCUCCCUGUCGGUGUGUGACUUUUAGUUCUCGGCAUUUCUGUUUCUAUAGUUACCAUCAGUGUUUUCAGCCGCCCCUCCUCCCCCCUUUUUCCUUCCCCUCUCCCCCCAAAAGCACCAAUUCCCCUUUCCUGCCUCCAGUCUCACUUCACUCAGCCAAAACCACUCGCUUUUCUGACUUUUUUUUUCUUUUUUUUUUCAAGAAUGGCUUUUCUUUCUUAUCGCUCUCUUUCUUUCUUUUUUUUUUUUAUUAUAGUUAUUAUUAUUGUAAAGUGUAUCUGGAGGUGUAUAAUACUAUAACUAUACUAUCAUAGGUCUGUUACAGCCGGGCGAAAAGAAAUGUGGAAAACCAGCAGCUGAA